AUGGUUGUAUUCGAUAAUUCAGACGUAACGUCCAAUCUCUCAGAUCCUUCUGUCGGCUCCAAUAGAUACCUUUUGCUUGAUCUACUCGGAUCACUACCCACAACCGCAGAUGGUAAAAGGAUCAAAUUGUCAAUCAUAUCGUUCGCUGAUGAACCGGAUCUUUUGGUUACCUUCAACGACAACCAAAAGCGAGAUGCAAUAUUCCGAAAGGUUGAAGGCAUCGAACCUGAGCAUGGAAAACCUAAAUACGCAAAAGCGCUGAACUUUGCCCUCGAAGAAUACGAAAAGUCCCGCCGAGCAGACGCUCGUGGUAUUCUGCUGAUAGUCGGUGAUGGCAGAGCCGAGGAUACGGACAGUGAGCGCAAUGCAGCAUCCAAGAAUCUCAGGAAGCAAGGCAAGUUAUCGUGUUUCGCAGUUGACAGCGGUAAAUCGAUCGAUCAAAAAGUUCUGUCCGAAUACACUGGAUCAGCAGAUCGUGUUUACAACUACGAUAAAAAUGCUGAAUUUGCCAAGAAACUACUAGCUGAGGUGGCUGGUCCAAACUGCAUCAAAAGAGUACGCAGCGAUUCAAGAAGCGCCGAGAAAAGCAGUGAGAAAUCGCUCGGAAAGGAUCUGUUGAGAGAUAUUGGAAGCCGACCGGAUAAUACACUGAAACAAUUUGAAGGCGAAAAGGUAAUCGUGAAGGCGAAGAAUAUCGUUGCACCAACAUUGAAACGUAUCACACCUCGACCUACAGUUGCUUCCUCACGUCGUUCGUCUACAAGACCUUCUCGACCUGUCAGUAGUACACCACGAAGCGCUUCUAAGCGACUUACGACGAAAAGCCCGCUGGCAGAUUCAAAAUCAAAGCAGCUAACUAGAAAACAAUCACUUACUUCGAGGCUUCCUACUGUAGCGAGAGCGAAAAUAUUCUCAUCAACAACACGAACUCCUUCGACCAGACAACCGUCAACGGCGAGUCAGCAAACUACAAAGUUGAGCACUAAGCCGUCAGUUGCCGAGUUGAAGACAACAUCGAGACCACGAACCACUUUGAAAUCAAUAAUAACAUCUCGAAUAACUCCGCAAUUCACCCGUCGACCUACGAAUAAGACCACUGUUGCUAUAACCUCUCGAUUUACUACCCGUCCCACGACCACUCGACUCACAACCCGCUUGACAACCCCUCGACCCACCACUCCGACCAGAUCACCAACACCCACCGCAAAACCGUUCUCUAGUCGA